AUGUCCAGCAACGACAGCACACCGCUGAACAGCCCGCGGAAAAUCUUCGGAAAAACCGCCACGCUCGACAAUAAUGCAAUGCUCGAGUACGAGAUGAACAAAAAUCUAGAUGUCAAGUAUCGGGAGAAGGCGGAUAAGGAACUGGGCGAAACGGGUGGUGAGCUGACGUACACGAAAAUCCGUCAGCUCCGGCAGCAGCUCAACAUCUACAACGAGAACCAUCAGCGGGCACUGGGAUGCAGGCGGGAUGAUUCGUUUCUGUUGCGAUUUUUACGCGCCAAAAAGUUUGACGUCGAGAAGGCAUUCAAAAUGAUGCAAAAGUACUACAAGAUGAAGGAAGAGUACCCGGAGAUAUUCAAAGUGUCCCCACCGUCCGAGAUGAAGUUUAUGCUGGAGAUGCAAAUUCAAACCAUGCUUCCGAAGAAGGACGAACAUGGACGGCAAAUCUACUUGUUUCGAGUUGAAAAAUGUGAUCCGUACAAAAUUCCGGUGGAUUACGUGUUCCGCAGCAAUGUGCUAGCGCUCGAGGAUGCCGUCCGAAGUCCGGAAACACAGAUUGGAGGCUUAGUGGUACUGCUCGAUAUGGCUGGACUUGGGUUUGCUCAUGCACGGUAUCUUUCACCUCAUCUAGCGAAGAAAACGGUCGAGGUGGUCCAGGAAGCGUUUCCACUCCGGUUUAAAGCGUUCCACGUGCUUCACGAACCGUUCUACUUCGACGCCAUUCUCGCCGUGCUGAAACCAUUCCUCAAGGAUAAAAUCCGGCGAAGGAUACACCUGCACGGUAAUAGCUUGAGCUCGCUGCACAAGUACGUUUCGAAGGAUCUUCUACCGGCGGAAUACGGUGGCAAUCUUGGUCCGUUCGAUAACACCGAAUGGCGCCAGACGAUACUGGACAACGAGCAGUACUUUAUCGAUCUGGAAACGUACAACCAUCUGUCGGAGAGUUGCUACCAACUGGGUGCCUCCAAUGGAGGCGAUGGUGAUGCGGAAAGUAUCGACAGUCUACAGUUCGGCGACACCGAAACCGAGGACAGCGAAUUCGAUGAGGACGAUCGAAGGGUGUUGAGCCCAAAGCGUAAUGCACGCUCGAUACAGAAUAUUGAGGAGAUCUUCCUGAAAAAUGGGUACGACGGUAUGGCACCGAGCGUGACCGGUGCGGAUCUGGAGAAGGAGGUGGAGGAGUUAAAGUAG